GAAAUGAGGCGACGCGUGCCAGACGGACGGACGGACAGACGGAGAGGGCGUACAGGGAGAGGGACUUGUGUCCAACACUGGACUUUCUUUGCCUCAUCCUCAACCCCCUUUUCCCGCUCUCUAGCCGCUAGCUCUCGUCGCAGCAAUGAGCUCGCAGGCAGGACCAUCGUCCAUUCCUCUCUGCACCCUUCCUCGUCCAAGUAAGAGGAGGCGAUCAGACGCGCAUGCGGACAACGUCUUUGAGGCCGAAGACGCAGGCUCAGCACCUUCGUACCGCUUGCUCGAGUUGCCAGACGAGAUUGCAAAGAUGAUCGAGGACGCACAGGAUCCGAGUGAGGAGGCAGAGGGGGCCAGUGGUGCUACAGAGGGCUCGGGAUCACAAGGGAAAAGGUCGAGGGGUCGCGACGAGGGUACGGAUCACGUCUCGCACCUCGUAAUCAACGGACGACACAGCGACGAAGCCGUCCUCUGCACCUCUUCUCGCACAUACGCCCUGCGUCAAGUGACUCAAUCCAACUCACUCCUUCUAUGCUCUCUCGACUCGUCAUCGUCGCCCUCGAGCAAGCUGACACUUCGUAGCAACGUCACCGACGUCUUGGAGCUCCAGCCUGUCGUCCCACGGCUAGAGAGGAUUGCCGAGCUACUGUCAAGCAGCGCUUAUGCUGGUGAAUCGGAAGAGAAGAACGGGAGGAGACUAUACAGCGCUAGGGAGGUGAGGAGCGUUGUGCAGGCGAGUGACGACGAAUUCAAGAGAGGAUUGGAUGAACGCUGUGUCGUUGAAUUGGAUGGCAGGCUACGUCUUCUCUCGCCUCCCUACCUCCUCAACCUCCUCGACUCGCUCCUCCUCGUGUGCAGCUCGAAUGCAUACCUGCCACACGCAGUCCCACUCAAGCCUACCGUCGACUCCUUGAUGGCAGACUACGCUGACGGAGCAAGGCAAGAAAUCUUCGAGGCGAUGCUCACAAGAUGGUUUGGGAGCGACGUGACCACCGAGGAACCAGGAGAGACCAAAGUGGCACUCGAUGGUCACAAAGUAUCUCGCUUCAUCGGCCUCGAGCUGCUCAAGCAGAAACAGACCAAACAGAAGAAGCCAGCCCUCGGGAGAAGCGAGAGUAGCAGCGAUGCCAUCAGUCGGCUACCGCUCCUCGAUGACUUCAUCAAGGAGUGGACAACGAGGUUGGGAGACGUAUUCGCAACCUCAAGCGACGACAAUGAUCAAGCAAACCUAGUCAAUCUCGACCUGCUUCGAGGGCAGUACCUCCUACACGCCGAUCCACUGAGCAGCACGGCGAGCGCCGCUGCUGGCCGUAGCAACUCCUCUUCGUCGACCCUGAAAAGUCGCAUUCCCAAGCAGCGCAUUGCAUUCUUCCCCAGCUCAUCUCUGCCAUUAGACCCAGCAGCACGCUUCCAAGCCCUCUUCGCUGCCCGGGCGCAAUGGAAGCUGGAGGACCUCUUGCCAUUCGUGGAGGACGUGGCGAGCGAGAAGAAGAGACGCGAGGCGUUGCUCUUGAGGUUCGCGAGAGCCAAGAAGGAUGAAAAGGAUGGGGUCAUGUAUUAUAGUGCUAGGGUGAGAUAUUGAGGCGGAGAACGAGAUGUAAAAGGUUGGCUGCAUUUGAUGGAGAGCACAGAAGAGGAGAUGAA